AUGCUUGUUGUGGGUGGCGGGCUCGUCGAGAGACGGGCAGGUGCGCCAACCCAAGCCAGCCCAUCAGCGCGUGUGUGCGGUGCACGGGCAACUGCUUCGGAGCACCAGCCGGGACGGACAGUGCAAGCUGCGCAGGGGUGCGUCCUUGUCGGCUUCGCUGUGGGCGUUCCUCAGAGAAGGAGGUUCCAAAGAGUCCUCCGGAGGCGGGCGUGCGUCGAGCCUUCCGAGGCCACAGUGGUGUUGCAGGAGGCAGAAGACGAGGUGGUGGAGGAUCGGCCUCAGCAAAAGCCCUGGUUGCAAAGGCAUCUGCCUCAUGGAAGAGAGUCAUCAGAAGAUCUGCUGCUCCACUUCAUGCAGGCACUGGAAGAGAGAGGUGUGCAGCUCUAUGAGGCCCAAGAGGAGGCCAUCGUGGAGAUAUUCUCCGGUGCUCAUGUCGUGCUGGACACGCCGACGGGGAGUGGAAAGUCCUUGGUUGCGGUUGCGGCAUUGUUCAAGGCACUUGCAGAAGGUGGCAAAGCCUACUACACCUCACCGACCAAGGCGCUGACAAGCGAGAAGUUUUUCGAUCUCUGCCGACACUUCGGACCUGCUUCCGUCGGCAUGGCUACGGGUGACAUCUCCCUGAACCAGCGAGCGCCGUUGAUCUGCUGCACUGCUGAGGUUCUGGCCAGCAUUUCCUUGCAUGAGGGGCAGGCUUCCGGUAUCACCACCGUCGUUAUGGACGAGUUCCACUACUUCGCCGAUCCCGACCGUGGUUCGGCCUGGGAGGUACCCCUGUGGCGCAUGACCGGGCCCGGCUCCUCCACCACGUUUUUGCUGAUGUCUGGAACUUUGGGCGCGAACGACAGCCUCUACCGCACACUGCAGAGACGAUCUGGGAGGCCGGUGCGCGUCGUGUCCUCCCAGGACCUUGGUGGUUAA